UGUUACCAAUCAAACUUUUUGUCAUCCAAACAAAUCCUCAUAAACUUUAGCAACAAAAAAAUGUUUUAGAAAACUAAAUUUUGAUGAACAUGAAUCAAGUUUAUACGCAUGUGUGAAUUACGUAUAUACUUAUUGUAUGUGAGUAUGUAAAGAAUGGUAGAUUGUAGGUGUGUAAGAAGAAAGAUCUAGGGGGCCUCAAAAAAGAAAGGAGAAAAGGACAUAGCAUGUGAAAAGAGACAGAGAAACAAACAGACUAGUGAACAGUUUUACUCUUUAUUUUCUCUGCACUUAAUGAACCCAAACCCUCUCUGAAGUAUUUCUGAUUCUUCACAUGCAUUUCUCUUCUUUAUUUAUUCCUAUUCUACAAUACAUUUGUUGAAGAAAUUUUAUAAUAAAAAAACUUUUUUUUUUUAAAGAACAAAAGUACUUUCACUUCACUAGCAGCCAUACAAACCUAGUCCCCCUUCUCUAUCCAAUGGUCUCUUCCCUGCUCUCUAUUUCUCCUCUAAACACCCUUUCUUUCUUUCUCAUUUGCCAUUUUGCCAGCUUUUGAAACAACACCACAUUACAUUUCUUUCUAUACUUUUAUCUCACGAAGAAAAACCUAUUAAAACUUUAGUAAGAAAAUGUAAAAUUGUAAAAAUAUAUCAAGUGCUACGUUUCUUUUAGUAAGCCAGUCAGAGAUUUGUGCAGUGAGACAAGAAGAAAGAAGCUCAUUCCCAUUUCUAUCAAUAUAUAUUCGUCAAUUCUCUUUCAACACAUCUAUGAUCUCAGUUGUUUCAUCUAUCCGAUUUUCCUGUCUUAAGACAGUAAUAUCAGGGCUCGCUAAAUUUAAUAAACUAGGGCUCAGUGGCACUCAUUUUUAGGCCAUGAAGAAGUGCUGGGGUACAGCUGAUAUUGAAAAUGGCAUCUGCCCAACGGAAGAAAAAAAGAUUCCAAAAAUCAACGCACCUUUUUCUAAUACAAAUACAUUUUUAUGGGUAUAAUAAUUUUAUAAAAAGAGUAAUAUUAAAGAAGAUUGAGAAGAGAUGAAAGAAAUUUGAGAGUAGAUGAAAGAGUAAUCAGAGAGACAAAAGCAUCAAGUGCUGCAGAAGAAGCAACAGAAACACUGGGCCUGAGUCUCAUCAGAUUUGCCAGUCUUUAUAGGACCACACUCUUCUCCCUCUUCCUUACAUUUUUAUCUAUCUAUUUUGACAUUUACAAUAUUGGAUAUUUUAAUGUUGUUUUGAUUUUACACUACAUGGCAAAUCUCCUUAAAAUUAAGCUCUUGCCCUCAUCUGACAUUUUUUUUUCUUUGCACAGUUUAUAUAUACCUCUCUUAAACUUUAGUUUAUGAAUAUUUGGUGAUAUUACUCUUUGGUUUAAUUGUUAACAAAUAUAAAUUAAUACCCCACCACCUAAAAAAACCCUACUUUUUUAUAGUAAUAGAAUGUGAUCACUUAUCUUAUGUAAUUGUAUAGUAAUCUAUAUUCUGUAAAUGACUUGAUCUUCCCUAAGUACAAAAUAGAGUAUAUAUAUAAAGGAGGGGUUAGCCUUUUCACAAGGUCGAAGCUAGCUAGUGUUCAUGCAAAUUGCAUCUGAGGAAUAUAUGCUUAAUUAGAGAGUGAAAGAGAGAGAAAAAAGGACAGAGAAAGUGGACUUCCUUGUCUGUCUGUGUCAUAAACUCAAGAACCCUAGCUAAUCUCUGAAUCUAUCAAGAAAGCUCUUUGUCUCUUCUUUUUAUUCUCCUUUGAUUUUGCUACAUAACCCUUUGAGGAAAGCAAGAGAGGAACAAGAAAGAUGAUGAGCCUAAGUGGAAAUAGUGGGAGACCAAUAGGGAGGCCUCCAUUUACACCAACUCAAUGGCAAGAACUGGAGCAUCAAGCCUUAAUUUACAAGUACAUGGUCUCUGGUGUUCCUGUCCCACCAGACCUCAUCUUCUCCAUUAGAAGAAGCUUGGACUCUUCCUUGGUCUCUAGACUCCUCGCUCACCAACCACUUGGGUGGGGAUGCUACCAGAUGGGAUUUGGGAGGAAGCAAGAUCCAGAACCAGGGAGAUGCAGAAGAACAGAUGGUAAGAAAUGGAGAUGCUCAAGAGAAGCACACCCUGAUUCUAAGUACUGUGAAAAACACAUGCACAGAGGAAGAAACCGUGCCAAAAAAUCUAUUGAUCAGAGUCAGACAACAGCUCCUUUAACAUCACCAUCUCUCUCUUUCCCCAACAACAUCCCAAGCCCCACCUUGUCCUCUUCUUCUACUACUUAUUAUGCUUCUUCUUCAUCCCCAUUAGCUGAGGCUUACAGUAACAGCAAUAGGUUUGGUGUUGGUAGUAGUAACAGUAGAGGUUACUUCAAUAAUCAUUCCUUUGAUUAUCCUUACCCUUCAACUCCACCUAAACAGCAACAACAACAACAACAAACUCUUAGUCAUGUUUCUGCUUUGUCACUUCAUCAAAACACAUCUACUCCUCAACUCAAUGUCUUAGCCUCUGCAACUGACCACAAAGACUUCAGAUAUUUUGAAGGGAUUGGGGAGAGAGUUGGAGUUGGGGAAAGAACUUUUUUUCCAGAAGCUUCUAGAAGCUUUCAAGAUUCUCCAUACCAUCAUCACAAACAACCGUUAGCAACAGUGGUGGAUGAUCCGUACGACUAUACUACUGAUAAUAAGUUUGAUCAUCAUCACACAUACUCAUCUCAACAUCAUCAUCAUAACGACCAAGAUCAUCGACAACAACAAUGUUUUGUUUUGGGCGCCGACAUGUUCAACAAACCCACAAGAACUGUCUUGGAAUACACAUCGAGACAAGAUCAUCUUAAUCAAGAAGAGGAAGAGAAAGAUUCAUCGGACACGAAGAAGUCUCUUCAUCAUUUCUUUGGUGAAGAGUGGACACAGAACAAGAACAGUUCAGAUUCUUGGCUUGACCUUUCUUCCCACUCAAGACUCGACACUGGUAGCUGAUUGAUGAGGCCAGAUAGCAUCAGUGAUGGGUCUGCACCAACACACACACAAACACGUUUGAAGGGUCACAUUUCACAUCUAUUUCCAUGGAACAUUGAGACAAGACACUGUUUGCAGAACCCUUAUAUGUAUAUACAUUAGUAUAAUGAUCUCUUUCUUCUCUCUAUUCUCUAUGUCUUGUGUCUGUUAGGUCCCAACAGGAAAAUUGAUCCGACAUUUAUCUCUGUGUGUGUUUCUCCUGCUUUUUCUGGCUGCUGUUUUUUUGUUCCAGGCUAUCGUUUUAUUAUAUUUUACAGUAGCUGAAAGAAACACUAUAUAUUGUUCAUUUGUUUCUUAGGAUGCCAGCAUCUUUAGUUGCUUAUGGAAUUAUAUAACUUGUUCUUUUCCUUCA